AGAGAGAGAGAGAGAGAGAGAGAGAGAGAGAGAGAGCGCGAGCUGCACACAGUCAGACAGACAAAGACGGCGUACCGGAGGAACGCGCUCUAUACUCUCUCUAGCGGUCCACGCGUGAAAACGGCCGGAGAAACGAUGAGCGGUGCCGAGGCGGGACGCGUGAUUCCAACGCGCGCCGGGGUUUGAUUUUGACCGCGAAUGCUUUUAAAACAAGUAUUUUCCUCCAACGCCCCCCAACAACAAUUAGCAGCUCCGCUAGCGGCUAGCCACCAUCACAUCUCCCUCAUCCCUCAGAAAGCAGCAGAUACGCGCGGCACGGGAACACGUAAGGAAGCGCGCUGGGUUCGUUGUCUGAUGCGCACGCGGGCUCGACUAUGCCUAGCCCGUUGUUUCAGCCUGACAUCAUGGAUCACGAGAUGGUUGCGAGCAGCACCGGACAGUCCGGCGGGGUCACCGAGCAGGAGUCCCGGGACGAGGACCAUCAGGAGGCGCUGCGCUUCGCUCUGGACCAGCUGUCUCUCAUGGCGCUGGAGAAGGUGGACUGUCUGGACGGGACCUCGGCCGGUGAGAACUGUAACGGGGGAUCGCCCGGCUCCUGCUCGCCCUCUCCGGAGUACUACAGCUCGGGAGGCGGCGGCGGAUACCACAUGGCCGGCCCGCACUCCUCCAUCCUCGGGGAACAAAGCUCGGUGCUCCGCAAGAGAAGCGUCAACAUGACCGAGUGCGUGCCGGUGCCCACGUCCGAGCAUGUGGCCGAGAUCGUCGGCAGACAAGGUUGCAAGAUCAAAGCUUUGCGUGCGAAAACAAACACCUACAUCAAAACCCCCGUGAGAGGAGAAGAGCCCGUGUUCAUCGUGACGGGCCGGCGCGAGGACGUGGAAAUGGCCAAACGCGAGAUCAUCUCGGCGACCGAGCACUUCUCCAUGAUCCGCGCCUCGCGCUGCAAAGCUGGCGCAAACGGCCCCGGAUCGAGCGGCUCGCUUCCCGGCCCUCCCAACCUCCCAGGACAGACCACUAUCCAGGUGCGCGUUCCCUACCGCGUCGUGGGCCUAGUGGUGGGACCCAAGGGAGCCACGAUCAAACGCAUCCAGCAGCAGACGCACACCUACAUCGUGACGCCCAGCCGCGAGAAAGACCCUGUAUUUGAGGUCACCGGCAUGCCUGAGAACGUGGAUCGCGCGCGAGAAGAGAUCGAAACGCACAUCACGCUGCGCACCGGUGCCUUCGUCGACCUCCAAGGCGAUAAUGACUUCCACAACAACGGGACGGAUGUGAGUUUAGAGGGGCUCGGGGCUCUCGGUUUGAGCGGCGCACUUUGGUCACGUGCGACUCACUCGGCGCCUCCACCUCCGCCGCAGAUGCACCAUUCGACACGCAAGAUGUCGUCCGAAUCAUUCUCGGCGACUCGACGGGCGGCAGACGGCGGCGGAAGCCCCACGAGCCCGUUUAGCACUAGCAGCGCCGGCGGGAGCUUCUCCUUCGCAGGCGAUUCAACUCCGAACUUGCCUGCGACGUCAGAGGAUUUGGGUUUUGAAUUUGGUGCUGCGAAUAUAUGGGCGCCGUUUGUGAACGGUGCGAAGCAGCAGAAGCAGCCGCCGCCACCGCCGGUCCGUCGCAACAGCAGUGGCCUCAGCGGUGGAGCCGUAACCCCGCGCCUCUCACCCGACCCGGAUCACCCGGUCGCCCGCCGGGCCCAAAGCGACCCGCUCAGCGCGCUCUCCUGGCUCCAGACGGGCGCCGGAGGCAGUAGCAGCGGCGGCAGCAGCACCGGAUACUCGUCCUGCUCGGCGUCGUCGCUCCCGGGUGGCUCGCCAACUGAUUCAGAAGGCGGCGGCAGUGGAGUGGGAAUCGCAUCCACCAUGUUGGGACGCCUCAAAGCGGGUGGCCUGGCUGGGAUGGUGUCACGGGACUGUUUCGUGUGCUGCGAGAGCGAGGUGACGGCUGCACUCGUCCCAUGCGGCCACAACCUCUUCUGCAUGGAUUGCGCUGGGCAGAUUUGCCAGUCGCAGGAUCCCGAGUGUCCCAUUUGCCACACUCCUGCCACGCAGUGCAUCCGGAUCUUCUCUUAAACAAAGACUGCCUUGAGUAAUUAUUAGAAAUGACACUAUUCUGAUUUAUUGACAGUAAUAAUAAUAAUAAUAACAAAAAGAACAGUGACUGUAUUACCCACUCAAGUACUUGUCAGACUCUUAUCUUCAGCCGUUCAUAUUCAGUGGGUUGUUUUUCCAUUCAUGCUUCCGACUUUUUCUACUCGCGGAUUUUUCAACUUUUACGCUGCACUUUUUUCUAAUGCGUUUUUUUUCGUGUUGCCGAUGCAGUCGUUUUUAAAAUUAUUUUUGCGUUUUUUUUAAUGUGAAAGCUGCGCUCGUUUAGACCAAAACAUGAGAGAUAUUUCUGUUUUAUUAUCGAACACUUAAUAUUUAUACGAGUCGAUAUGCGACGUGCUAGUGGAUGUUGGAUCUGAAAUAACUAGAAUAGUACAUGUUAUGAAUAUCAUUACCAUGCAUUUUCUCUUUUGCCACACUACCUUAAAACAUUCACGUGUCGGUUCAUUCCUGUACUACAGAAACAAGGUUGCUAGUAUUUACCAAGGAGCUUUUAUCUGUUACGACUUUUCAAAUCAAACCGCAUACUGAAUUAUCUUUCGAAUGUGAGCGUGACUGCGACACAGAAAUGUAUUUAGAUGAAGAUUGUGUCUGUCUUCCGGCCCUCGCAAGAGCGUUUCGUUUACGAUCGCGCUUGGCUCCCCGUACGCUGCCUACGAACUAAUCUGUAGCCCCGCCCGAACGGUUUUUACGCCACAAGCCAUGCUUUCAAACUCUAAAGGGCUUCUGGUUGCACACUACACUUCAGGUCGUCCUAAUAAACGGGAUGCUAGUCCGCGUUGGCAGCUAAAUCACCAGGGCUUCCGUACGUUUUAGUAAUGCACGAGCCAUUUCUCCUUGAACGCGAGGGACUCUGACGUCUUAAAGGGCAAGAAUGCGUUUUGAUUUGUAAAGGUUUCUUUCUCUAGACACGUGUUUAGACUUUUCUUUGGCGUGUGGAAUAUUAAACGUGCCAGGAUUCUAGCGCUAGCGGUGCCUUGGUGGUGAAACUCGCUGCCGGGAACGACGAUUGUGAUGUUAGCUCUCUCUGCUCUUCCAGUUUUAAUGAUUUGUUCAGAGAGCUGUGUCGAAUCUGAGCCGCUCGUUUUCUUCUUUUUGUCCCCAGACAUCGUUAAAAGUAGUGUAACUGGUUGAAAGAAGCUAGUAGUUUUUCAGUUGUGUGUGCGUGUUUGUGACGUGUUUUGGUAUCGGCGAAGAAGGUCAUGUGACUAGUGAAGAAUCGGCCUGAAGUCGAAUGGUUUCCUUUCUUUUCUUUUUCCUCAAACAGGGUUUGCUGAGGACGAUCUCAGGCGGUUUUGCAUUAGAACGAUGUCAGACGCUGUUUUCCCAUGAUUCAUUUGCGCCCUAAACUCGCUUGGCUUUUACAUUCGCUGUAAUUCCUUUUGGUUCUUACAUUCGCAGAACCAAAAGCGAUUUCAAUAACCGAAUUUCAGGCCUAAUUGUAAAUAUCCUCAAUACAAUCAUUGGGAUUCAUUUUCAAACGUACGACGGAAAAGGUUAAUGUAGUUUUUAAAACACGUAUCAUUAUUUGUAAGUUAAACUCUCUGCAUGUCUUGAAGCCGUGAGGCAUUAGCUAAAAAUUUUCUAAAAACGAAAAGACAAAAAAAUUUUUUUUUACACAUUUUAUUUUUACAAUUUAUUUGCUUACCUUGACAUAAAUAUCCCAGAUUAUAAUGUGACCCUUUUAUUACAGCAAAUGUAUCUUUAUUUUCCAUAUUUCUGUUUCCUGUGUACAACAUAUAGGCAAUUUAUAACAAACUGAGAAAAAA